AUGCCAAGUUGCGACAGAUGCAAAUCGCAUGGCAUAGAAUGUGUUUAUCCCCAAAGGGUGAAAAGGAAAAUAACUCGGACUCUGACGGACCGCCUAUCAACAACCGAUGACGCCCUAUCCACCAUCCUUGAGCGGCUACAGCGAGUUGAGAAGCACUGCACCACGCUUCCUAACGCGACCCAACCACUCGGUACUCGAGAUGUACCCCCUGUUCCCGCCCCUGAUUCUAUAGGUCAUCAGCAUGCAUCGGUGUCUCAGAGCACACCGUCAAAUGUCCCUUCUCCUUGUCCCUCCAGUGCCGCUGGUGGAGCUGCGACAUCUCCAUGGACGUCGAUUGCUACACCUAGCGCAACGCCCGAGAUUGAUACGGCCGCCAUCCUUAAAGAUGCCGUCGAUCAGGUGCAACGACUGAGGUUACAGAGCAUAUCCACUGCUGCCAUUACUGAAAACGUCAAGAUUCCAUCAGAUCUGAGCAAGCAAUGGAUUGAAAACUACUUCACGCACAUGCAUACGGAGAUGUUUGUCAGUCUGAUAAACCUCAAGCUUAUCAAGUUAAUCCCCGACCUUCUCGAACUCCCGCAUGUUCAUCUUGACCCUGCAAUUCUUGUUGUGUACUUUGGGGUUCUCUAUCAUGGAUGCGCUCUCGGAGCGACAUUCGAGGGCAGCGCCGACGGAAUACAAUACGUACGCAUGUUGUAUCUCUGUUGCCUCCGCUCUCUUCCCCUGUGGCAACGCGAAGCGACAGGGACAACGACGGAUUUUAUCGCAGCUGUAUUCAUGUGUCGCGCAGCCGCAGAAUGUUUUGAUGAGGAGCUAAGCUGGCGAAUGUACACCUAUGCUUGUGAAUACGCCCAAAAACUCAACCUUCAUAACCUUGACGCCAACCCAACGACCAGCACAGCUCUGGUCGACCAAUCCACACUGGACAAUGACCGAAAAGGGUUCUGGGAAAUGAUACAGAUGGACUUUUUCUACAGACUCCUCUUCAACAAGCCGCCAUAUAUCACGUCGAACCUAAAUUCCUGGAAGGUUAAUCUUCCUUGGCUGUCAAUGAACGCAACACCGGAUAUGAACGCCGUCCCAACUAUGACAUUCAUCAUUGGGUCACGUUUCACCUUCAUAGUGUCCAGAUUCUUCCAAGCACUGGAAAAUACCAACAGCAGCGACGACGACAUUCGGCGUAAGACCGAAGAGCUAUGUCGGGAAGUCUUUGAGCUGUUCGAAGAAUGGAGAAUCGAUGAAUGGUACCGAAAGACGAUGAAUACCGGAAGCAAAAGCGAGGCCUGGAUGGCUACCGACGUGGUCCUGAUGGGCUACACCUACAUCAUUUUCAUGCUGCGCAAGCUUUCGAUCCUCCGAUCCAACUCACCGCAGCCUGUCAUGUCGGACUCUGACGUCCCCGAUUCGCCGCUUGCUGUGGACGCCUCGCGCCGUCUCCUAUCCGCUGUCCAAUUCGUUCUCAUCAAGAACCCAUUUCCAGAGGCGAUUUGCGUCUUGUUCGGAAUGUACCGCCUCUACGUCGCGUACGCGUGUCUGAUGAGUAGCGUGAUACACUCAUCUGACAUACGAGCUCAUAUCGAAGACGUUGAGUUACUUGAACGACUGGGAGAAGCGAUGGCUAUAUCAUCGAGGAGCGAGAGAGACUUUGUGCCGUUAAUCAGGGCCAUUCAGAGCCUGAGCAUCGAGCUGAAAAAACGGAUCAAUGAGCCGGGAACAAAUGCGGCUACUCCUAUGCUUGGCGUCGGCAUAAGCAUGUGA